CUACUAGUAGUAUGUUUCCAGCCACAAGUAAAAGUUCCAAGAAAACAUUCAAAAGAGACCAAGUAGCACGACGUAUUUAAGCACUAAAGCUAGGGAUCCAAUCAUACGUCAAUCGCGUCCAAGGUUUCUAAUAUUGGCAUUGUGGUAUUGUGUCCUUUCAUCAAAAAAACAUUCUUUACUUUUGCCGCUUCUUUACUUCCACAGCGUUACCACCGACUCUCUCUAACUAAAUAAAUAAAUAUUACGAACUUGCUAUACACCGAAACUCUGUUUGUGGUCUCUCUACGAGCCCUUUCUCUAUCGAACAACCUGGAGUCCUCUCAAGGUCUCCAGUAGACCAUUUCACCCCACGGAAGUCGUUAAUUAGCUGUCCGCGAAGCCGUUAGGAGCUUUGGUCCCUCCAGCCCAGCAUGACGUUAAACGUUUUCCGAGUCGUGGGAGACUUCUCCCAUUUGGCGUCCAUCUUUAUUCUUUUACACAAGAUGACCGAGCUCAAUGGCGCCUCGGGUAUCUCGUUCAAAUCUCAAGCUCUGUACCUCAUGGUUUAUGUUACUCGGUAUCUAGACCUCUUUAGUACCUCGAGCAUCUAUAACAUGAUCUUCAAAAUCCUUUUCAUCAGCAGCCAGGGCUAUAUUAUCUACUUGAUGACUACCAAAUACAAGCCGACUGUCGACCCUGGCCUCGAUACCUUCCGCGUACAGUACCUACUAGCCGGCGCCGCUGUUCUCGCCCUCCUCAUACCUUACAAGUACACCUUCUCCGAGAUUCUCUGGGCUUUUUCGAUUUGGUUGGAAUCGGUCGCUAUUCUCCCUCAGCUGUUCAUGUUGCAAAGGACCGGCGAGGCUGAGGUCAUCACCACUCAUUAUCUCUUCGCGCUUGGUAUCUACCGAACUCUCUACAUCCCCAACUGGAUCUACAGAUACUUCAUGGAGCCCAACCACCAAGUUGACUGGAUCGCUAUCGUCGCCGGCCUCGUCCAGACCAUCCUCUACAGCGACUUCUUCUGGAUUUAUUACAACAAGGUUCUAAAGGGCAAGAAGUUCAAGUUGCCCGUAUAAACGGCUCAACACACAUCUUAGCCCUUUGGUGGACUCUGGAUGGUUUCUAGUGUUUCAGGGGGGACUACAAAUAUCUUCAGUCCCGACUGGAUAUUUAUAUCUAACUCACCCAUCGGCAACUCUUGAGCUCACGGGUAUGUCCACUCACGUUUUAUGAGUGUGACGAGGCUGGCUGGACGACUUGGACGUUGUCUCUAAUAUGACGAGUCCUUAAUGGCGUGUUGGUGUGCAUGGCUGGCGUUAGGUAAGGCGGGGGCUGGCGGACGGUACCUUAGCCCGAAAAUGCUUAGCUAGGAAGGUUUACUCAAGGUUUCAAUGUAAAUGUAUAUAAAAUGAGUGUGGAAGAUAAUGAAACUUGUUGAAUCUGAGG